AUGGCUUUUACCAUGGUUCGAAUGGCCUUUGGCCUUCUAUCGCUGUGUACACAUUCCAUAACCCUCGCCAAGUCAACAAAGAUACAACCACGCCAAUUCACCAACGUCCCUGGCGACGUGCCUUUCACCGGAUUUGAUGGUUGUUUCGAUGAAGCGAAACAAAAUCCUAAGAUCAAAGAUAUCGAGCAGGCUUGGGCCGAUGUGGUGACGCUUGUUGACACUCCAAGCGAUUUCUUUCCUCCCCAAACCUUGGAGAAGAGAGUCUUCGGAGACGAUAUCGGCCAGAGAUUUAAUGACAUGGCGCUCAUACACACUAUAUUCAACAAUCUCCAGGAACUCGAUGGGUCUGGGCGUAAGAUACGCAUUGCCUGUAAAGACAUUCGUCAAUCUGGCACUAUCGGCGCCUAUUCCUUCGCCCCUAGUGGCUCAUACGAAGAGUCUACUAUUGUUCUUUGUUCUCCUUUUUUCGCGCCUGGUCAAGAGACUCUAGGAGAGAGAAUUAAUGACCUCCGAAAGGCGUCUCGCGAUGACAGAAAGAACCCAUAUCUUAUGAGUGGCAAGUUCAGGAUGUUACUUCACGAGCUUGUACACCUUCCCGCAGUUGAAGGGACAGAAGAGAUGAUCGUGAUUGAUCAAAUCUUCAAUCCAGAGAAUUACCAGAAGAUCUAUGGUAUUUAUUGGGUAGAAAGGUUUGCUAGAAACAGGCGAGGACGCGGUUUUACGCACUUGAAUGCUGAUAACUACGCAUGGUACGCGAGCUUGAAAUACUUUGAGAGGAUGUUUGGCACCCCCAACGCAAUCUAUCAAAAAAGAGAUGAAGAUGAUGUGCCUGAAGAGCCCAGCAUUCUCGAGAAUAAGAAUCUUAGGAUUCUGCCCCUUGGCGACUCGAUUACUUUCGGCUUCAAAAGCUCCGACGGGAACGGCUAUCGUAAGGCUUUGAGAGACACACUUACCGGUGCUAGUAAUAAGGUCGACAUGAUCGGGUCUGUUAAAGCAGGAACGAUGGAAGACAAUGACAAUGAAGGUCAUAGUGGUCUGAAGAUUUUGGAGAUUGCUGGAUUUGACAGUGCCUACAAACAAAGACCUAACGUGGUAUUGCUACAUGCAGGCACAAACGAUAUGGGCAAGGCGUCAGACGCCAAUGGUGCUCCGCAGCGCCUCGAUGAUCUCGUCGGAAACUUGGUUAAAACUCUCCCAGAUGCAAGUAUUCUCGUUGCUAGAAUCAUCCCUGCGGCUUCGAGUGACACCAUGUCGCGCAUCGAGGCAUACAACGAAGCGAUCACAACCCUCAUGACAACUCGUGCAAAGAGAGGAGAGCACGUUCUCGUGGUGGACAUGCCGUCUAGCGUGUCGACUAGCGAUCUUUCGGAUGGCCUGCAUCCAAACGACCAAGGCUAUCAAAACAUGGCAAACAAGUGGGUGAUUGGCCUCACAGAAGCUGUCUCACGGGGUUGGAUCAAGGCUCCUGUGGCAGGUGAUGGACAACAAAACAAAUCAAUAUGCCCCAAGGUACCCACCUGGCUGCCUCAAGGCACUAUCGCCAGCGGAGGGGGCCUCGGAACCGGAUCCUUUGCUGGGCGGGAGUGUGUCUACGGCGAUUGUGAUAAAGGCCAGCUAGACCGCCUCUACGACACCAAGAGGGAGUGUGCUCGGAACUGUAUCAAGGGCGAGUGCUCCAAAGAUGCAAAAAGUGGCAAAUUCAAGUGUGCGGGCUGCCAAGAAUUCAUGUUCCAGUGCUCUUGUGCAUAUACUGACGGCACCUUUUCUGAGGAAAUCGUUGACGAGCCGCUCAUUGAUGACAACUGCGGGAAACUCAACAAAACCGGCACUAGCGCUGUUCACUUUGCCGAUAUUGACGGCGACGGUCGUGACGAUUAUCUCUAUGUUGGCCCAACCGGCAAGGUGACCAUGUUCAGGAACGCCGGCGGCGCCCCCGACGAGGGACCUAAUGCCGGAAAGGUACAGUGGGUUAGUGUUGGAGAGAUUGCUGCAGGGGUGGGCGGUCGAGGGGACCAGAUCCGCUUUGCUGAUCUUGAUGGAGAUGGUCGGGCCGAGUAUCUUUGGGUCAAGGACUCUGGCGCUGUACAAGCCUGGUGGAACAAUGGUUUCAGCUCCUCGAAAGUCAAUUGGGGUUCGGCAACUGGUGAGGAGGUCGCCACAGGUAUCGGUGAUGGAGCGGGUGUUGUCUUUGCCGAUAUGAAUGGCGACGGCCGAGCCGACUUUAUCCAUUUGGCACCAAAUGGCGCGGCAACUCUCUAUAUAAACCAAGGCCGCUCUGCCUCUGGCGGGGUGAAAUGGUGGAACUGGGGUGUUAUCGCUGCUGGUGUAGGGUCUAAGCGUGAGAAUGUUCGGAUCGUGGAUCUGAACGGCGACGGGCAAGCUGACUAUGUUACGGUGGAUGAAAAGACUGGUGGAUUGAACGUAUGGUACAACCGCGGCCCCUCCUCUGGAAACUGGGGCACUGUGGAAUCGCUGGUUUGGUGGAACCCAGGAUCGCCGAUUGCAUCUGGUGUAAGCCAACUAUCUACCUGGUCAGACUCUUCCAUGGUGCGUUUUGGAGACUUGAAUGGCGACGGGAGGGAUGAGUACUUGUAUAUUGGAUCUAAGGAUGCUAGCGUUUAUGCAUUCCUUAAUGGGUGUUAA